CCUUCCACCGGGAUUUUAUUGAAAAGGUCACAAAAGAAGAAAAGUAGGCGUGUCUUAAAAUUCCCUGUCACAAUCACUCCCCUCCUCUUCAACACAGUAAUUCAACAUCACCAUCGAAUGUGUUUAUCCGUAGUGAAAGGUCGUAUCUCAAAUGAUGAUACGGAGUAAAUCAAGUCCUGGCAAACGUCAGAUUACUAAGGAGAACGAAAAAUGGUGGACAUUAUCAUGACAAAAAUAAAUACGGAGAUAUUAACCCAAUAUUACGUCACUUUGGAGGUUAACCAUAGUCCAGCAAAGUGCUAACACAACAAUGGAGAGGUAUAUGUAUUUGUGGAGAGGUCCUGAGAAGAUAUUAUAUACUUUCGGUGAUCAGCCCAGUGGUCUGAUAUGCAGAUUGGUAACUGUGAAGGAUCAUGUAUUCGUUUCUACUACCACUAAUAAUCUCUACCAUGGAGUUGUUGCCACACAUCUAGAAUCUGAAACCUGUCCACUACUGACGUUUAAAAGAGUUCAGUUCUACGCUGUGGACAUCGCUACUAACUCUGACUAUUUGUUUAUUGUCAAUGAUGCUGGACAGGUCCUUAGAAUAGAUCCAAGUGAUAUGACGCAUGUUGAAACCAUCACCCUGAGAGAAGAGCCUAAAUCUUGUAGUCAUGGCUACAAAGCUGAUAAUGAAUCUGUCAAAGUAAAAUCGCUUGCAGCCAGCGAUAAUGCAAUGUUAUUCAUUGCCGAAAAUGGACAACUCUGGGCCAAUGGAGACCAGCCACAGAUUGACAUUAAGACGUCUGAGCCUAAAAAGGUAACGUUUUUUGAUGGUCGGAUCGUAUCCAGCGUAGCAUGUGGAGCAAACUUCAAUGUCGCGCUUGUCAGAAAAAUUAUAAGGACAAUGAAAGAUGACACUGAUAGUGAAAAUGACCUGGAGGAAGAAGUCUUUGUCAGUUCUUGUCCCCACUGUGUCAGUGACGUAAUGUUAAGUCCAGUUAGUCAGCCGUCAACAGACACUUGUCCAUUGGGACUUCACGUGAGACAAUCAAGUGAAGAUCGCUCUACAAAUUCCACCAGCGCCCCUUCAACAGCUAGCAAAGAUCAUGACAAUGCUUUGCUACUUGAUGACGAAAAGCGAUUUGAUGACCUUUCAAAAACUCUGACAAAUGGUGACAAUUUCUCUGAUGGUUUGCCCAUCGAACUACAAAGAGAAGAGAAGAAGAAUGUGAUUUUUAUAAACACAGAAGCUGCCAGGCAGUUCUUAACCAGGCAAUUAUCUUGGGUUUCUUCGUACGGAAAUGCUGGUGAGGAACUGUUAGCCGAAUGCGCUGACAGGCCAACUAGAAUAAUAAAACAAAAUGUGUCAAAUAUGGCAAGUCUUGUUUAUGAAGGAGUAAAAACCGUUGGUGACAAAGUCGUCACGUUAUCCAGACACAUGAGCGGCAGUUCAGACAACAAUGAGGCGCAAGAUAGUGGUCAGGAUGGUUUGGAAGAUGGUGUCACGGGAGAUACCAAGCCAACAGCUACUAGUUUGGCAAACAGUCUUCGCUGUGAAGAGUUUCCAUGGUCAUCAAGUGCUGGUACUUCGGACCGUGAACUAUCCGAACAGGGAUUGAAUGAAAGAAUAAAUACACUGGUCCGUGCUGGCAAUAGCUUGCUUUCUACCGAACUUUGGACUUGGGGCGACAUUCAAUAUGGACAACUUGGAACUGGGGACACCACUAAGAGGCCAAGACCAAUUUUGGUUGAAAAGUUUCAUAAUUUAGGGAUUAAAAAAAUUGUAUGUGGCAGUUACCAUGUGCUUGCUCUGACGCUUGAUGGAAGAGCCUAUGCUUGGGGGAGGAAUAAUUCAUUCCAAGUCACACCCCAGUCACCGACAGAUCAGAGCUCUCCCAGAUUGUUUAGUUGUGGUCCAAGUUCAUCCCAACCCGAGAGAGUUAGAGAUAUGGCUGCCGGAGAAAAUCAUACUUUAAUUAUGACAUCCACAGGAUUACAAUUGAUGGGAAAAUAUAGCCUUGAAAGGACAGGAGAAAUUAUACAAAUAAAAAUCCCAGAUGCUGUGGGGUACAGUGCAAAGCAAAUCUUAAGUUCAGGAUCAUAUAGUUGUUGCACUAUGAUAAAUCAGCCGGCUUGUGAUAUCUCAUCAGACCUUACGAAUGAGCAGAUAUUUCUGGAAGAAAUGCUAAUGGUUUAUCAAAAUUUAAUAAAACCAUUUCAAAAGAAAGGGGGUGCAACUCAGGAAUCCAAUGUGUAUGAAACAUUGUGUCAGUGCUACACGGAGUUGAUUAGUUUUACAUCUUUGAAUGUUCUCAGUUUGUGGGACUAUUAUGACCAUAAUGGGGAAGCGUAUGAGGUUGUAGUAGUUGCAAGCAUCGAGGAGUACAUAACAGUUUACAAACAUUAUCUAAAUGCAAUAUGUGACGUUGUAUCUUUGGGUGGUUUUACACACAUAGCCAGAAUAAUUGACGUACCACAAACUUUGAUUAGUUUAUUCAUGGACAAAGUUAAAGGAAGUAAAUCGAAAAAAGCUAACAAUGAAGCAAUAAUAGCAUUAGCUUUACAACAUCCUUUAAACAGACUGAACAGGUAUAAAGCAAUGGUACACAGCCUAAUAAGGAUCAACGGGCCUAAACUAGGAAUAGAAAGGCUCCAAGAAGCACUCGGUAAAUGGGAGCAAAUCUGUGAUGAGCAAGAAAGGCGGCUAAAAGAAGCUGAGACUACCAAACAGUUUUGGGAGAGCUCGGGUAAAUUGGUUGAACUGUUGAGAUCCCCAGAUAGAAGAUUAAUCAGAGAAUCCAGAACUCAUCCAAUAUCUGUAUUAAACUGCGGAAGAUUUUCUACCCACUGGUUCGUACUGUUGACCGAUAUAUUGAUCCAUGUUAAUGGAACAUCACACACUGUUCAUCCGUUGCCUACACUAUGGGUGGAACCUCUACAGGAUACAGAUGCAGUCCAGCAUGUUGCAUGGAGAAAGUUGACGAGAAAAGGAUUGAUAUCGAAUGCACUAUCUGUAACAACACCGGAAGAUAGUCUAGUAUUGUAUACGCCAACACCUGCCGAACGUACAGAAUGGCUACAAGCUUUACAAACUGCAAUAAAACGCAGCCUUCUACGAGUGGUGGGACAUGUUCCACCCUUAGUCCGAUCAAGCUCAUUUUUAUUUACAAAGCACAGUCUUUACAAAGAUGCCAAGUAUACCGGUCGUUGGUUGAAUGGCAAACCCCAUGGAACUGGAAAGUUAGAGUGGAGUGAUGGACGGAUGUAUGUAGGACACUUUCAUCGAGGAAUUAUGCAUGGUACUGGGAAAAUGGAAAUACCUACACAAGGAAUAUAUGAAGGACAAUGGAAAGACGGCCAACAAAAUGGUUAUGGUACAAUGAAAUAUAUUAAUGGAGAUAUUUAUGAGGGACACUUCAAGGAUAGCUUACCGCAUGGACACGGUAUAAAAAAAGAAGGCCAUUUCAUGGCAUCUGUUGCAUCUAUAUACAUCGGUGAAUGGGUCGCUGGUUUAAAACAAGGAUACGGAGUUAUGGAUGAUAUCACAACUGGUGAGAAGUACCUAGGGUUAUGGAAUAACAAUAUGAAGCAUGGAUGUGGCUUAAUCGUGACAUUGGAUGGGAUUUAUUAUGAAGGAGUAUUUAUGCAAGAUAUUUUGACAGGUCACGGUGUGAUGAUAUUUGAAGAUGGCACUCAUUACGAAGGAGAAUUUAGAUCUGCUGGUGUUUUCAGUGGCAAAGGCACACUGACUUUUAGUAGCGGCGAUAAAAUAGAAGGCAACAUGAAUGGUGCCUGGAACGAAGGUGUAAAAAUCACAGCUACGUUGCACAUGAAUGUCGCCAAUUGCAGCUCCCAUGUAAAUGCUAAACCAACAUCUUUUGGCAAACUGUGUGUACCACCAGAUCAAAAGUGGAAAGCAAUAUUUAGGCAAUGUUACCAACAACUUGGGGUUUCUGAACCAGGCUCUAAGAAUAACUCUACAGCCAAUAAAAUUGGAGAAACUCAAAGAGUUUGGCAGAAUGUUGCAGUUGUUAUAACAAAUUCACAUCAAGAUACUAUACAGCGAAGAAAGGAUAUAGCGAGAGAUUUGAACAGUAGUAGCAGUACUUGCAGGCAGAAAGACCGCAGUAAUAUCAAUCAGUUGGAAAAAAUACCGCAAUUUGGAUGGGAUAGUCUGAAUCUGAAAACGUACGAUGAAGUGCAUGAUUAUUUAAUAAAAGCAUUUGAAAGUUUACAUCAUCCUCUUGGUACACUGUUGACUGAAGUAGCAGCAGCAUACACAGCUACUUACGGAGGCGUUAGAGUACAUCCUUUAUUGCUAAGUCAUGCAGUUGCUGAGUUACACAGCAUCACCUCAAGGAUCUACCAUGUGGUUACUUUAUUAUUUCCAGCUCUACCACCCGGAGGUCAAGAGCUUAUACUAGAAACAGAAGACAGCGAGGAAAGCAAAGUUGUAAGUGCUGCUGCAAUUCUUCACCCUAUACUUUUACCUCGUGUACAUUCGGCGCUUUUUGUAUUAUAUGCAUUGCAUAACAAAAAAGAAGAUGAUGCUUAUUGGAAAAGAUUAAUGAAGUGGAACAAACAACCAGAUAUCACCUUAAUGGCGUUUCUCGGCAUAGACCCGAAAUUUUGGAAGAGUGCUACUACUAAUCAUAUUGGUGAACAUCCACUGCCUAAUGAUGCAGAGCAAUUAUUUGGUGAUGCUGUUGAAACCUUGCAACAACUGAAAACAACUUUUUCUCCACUUGAGAAGUUACUUGUCAUUAGAAACACAUUCGAACAGAUGACUCAAGUUGUUCAAAGACAGCUAGGUUCCACGUACCUAUGGACAAUGGAUGAAUUAUUUCCAGUUUUUCAUUUUGUUGUUGUACGAGCUCGUGUUUUACAACUUGGCAGUGAAAUCAACUUCAUCGAAGACUUUAUGGAGCCUUACUUACAAAACGGCGAACUCGGGAUCAUGUUCACUACACUGAAGGUAUGCGGCGUUCGAUCUACAGAAAGUCUUAAAUUUUUACAAGAACAUUUUUGGUGACAGUACAUAAACUAACAUGUGUUCGCAUGAUUUAUAUGGUAGUUGCGUACCAUUCAAGCAUGUUACCAGUGAGUGUGAAAAUUCCGUAUGUAUACCUACACCAUUCAAGCAUACUAAUAGUGACUGAAUUAUACGCAAAUAGCGCAUCGAGAGUACCAUACCAUAAUUAUGCUGUGAAAAAAUAACAUUCCUUGAAAAAAAUCAUAAGUACUACGUAUCUUGAUACAGAGACUAGUAUUUAUGAUUUUGUGUUAUUAUUGUUAGUAAAAAUCUCUGUUGUUGUUGGAUAUUUUGUGCGUAAUCAUUUCUAUCCCCUUAAUCACAUUAUUGAAUAUCUAUAUACUCCAAGAUAAAGUUUUGGUUUCCACAUUUGUAUAUCAAUGUGGUAAUGAAUGAAUUAAACAUUGAAGAUUCUUUCUUGAUACAGAAGAUUUUGUGAAAUCCGUAACAUGUAUUAUACGGUUUAUUUUCUCUGCAAUACUGAGAAUCAAAAAUAGGUUGACUGCAGAAAAUGAAGAUUUGAAAAUUCUAGAUCCUUUUGCAGAAGCGGAAUGUCUAAUUAGAUUUCACUAGAUUAUAAAUCUAUAAUUGAUUACUUGGACAAUUAUUAGCAUAUUAAUAUACAGUUGUUCGAUCCCCUAACUAAAUUUUGCCUUAUAGUUAAGUAUCUUGGGCCUGGUUAUUGCAUCUCUCAGGAAAAAGUUACCUUCCAGGUAAACUUUCAGAAUAUUUAAAACACUUAGCUAGAAUGUAAAUUUCACCUGGAAGAUGUAAUAACCAGCCUUUAUUUGGAGCCCUGAUUGGCAGUGAGGUAUGUUACCAGGGAGAAAAAAAUUCUAUUAUGAGAGAAAAAAAACUGAUCUCAAACUACAAUCAAGUGUAUACAUAUUUAUGCUUCUUAUUUAUAUCAUCAUUGAAUUUCAAAAGCCCGCGUUUUUAUGCUAUAUUUUCUUGUAUAUCGAAAUUUUAAAUGAAUCAGUUUACUUGAAGGGCAAAUUUGACAUAGAAAAGCUUUUUAGUAGCAUUGGACACCUCUUGUAUAAAAUACUUGAAUGAAAAUAUAUAACUUCAAGAUUAUCAAAUAUAUAUAUUUUUAUUAAACACAGAAUCACAGAGCAAACCGGACAUAUUGGAGGGGUGGGAAAGAUUACAUAUUUUUUCUAUUGCUACUCGUACCACGAGCUUUUCUUCUGUUGCAACACUAAUGUAUAUAAAAAAUUGAUCAUCGUAGUGAAGAUUCAUUUCUGCUUUCCGGUUCAUUUUACUUUUAUUAAAAAGUAUUCUAGAAACAGUAAACUCUUGCGAUCCGAGUAGCGCACUAAGUCUUUAAUGAUAAAUUCUUAGAAAGAAUUAUUUAGGAUUAUUUACAAAUCAAGGCAAUUUGUUACUUUGUCUAUAUAUGUAUAUGUCCAACUCUCUUGUUUCGUUAAAAAACAUUUUAUGACAAAAUUUUGUACAAUAUAUCAUCUCAAAUCCUUAUAGUCCAUGGCUUUAUAACUUUUUUUUUUAUUUCAUGGUUUCAUUUUCUAUAAAUCUUAUGUCGCAUAUAAAAAGGGAUGACUCGCUUGCAUCGUCAUUCAGCUAUCGGGUAUUACACCUACACAUUGUAUCUUGUUGAAUUUACUCAAUACAUGUAACAUGUAUUAAAUCCUUGUAAAUAUAUUUAAAAGCAAUCAUUCUAAAAUUAUCAACAACUAUUGCACUUAUUAGAUUUUAUAUUUCCACUCAAUUUUUUUCUUUCUAUCUCCCUUUCGUUCUUGCCCCGUAUUUCUUUUCAUUUCAAUAUAUAAACAAGCCACACAAU